AUGGAACUUUCACAAGCAUUUUCAACCCAACGUGACGCUGUUCUGACAAAUUCAAAAAUUGGACCAGUACAAUUGUAUUGGAAUUUCGGUACUAAUGAACAAUUCGAAAUUAUUACUCUUGUUGUUAAUUUCCAACUAAUGCCAACUUGUGCACGGCAAGUUAUUACAACUGCAUCAGAAACCAGUGUUAUAUUACCAAAGACACUGAUUAUCAAACCAUCAGUUUUACUUGGUUUUGAUGCUCGUAACCAAAUUAAUAGUAUUUGGGGUAAUGAAUAUAUUGGUGAUGAAGAUCUACGUGGUAUUCCUACGAAUAAAUUUAAAUCAUGUUUUUAUGUAGCUGAUAUAAGAGCAACUGUAUCUGCCACAUAUUAUGUAUCCGAUGUAACAAAAUUCCAAGCUUAUUUACCAGCAAAUGAAAGUAUUAUAUUACAAAUAGAUGUUCAAAUUAGAAAUGACGCUGGUCGUCAAGAUGCAUAUACAUAUAAUGUGUUUCGUUAUUCACCUAAUCCUCGUCGUCGAGAAGAACGUCAAGCAUUAGAAACUCCAACUGGUGUAUAUUGUGCAAAUCGUACAUCUACAUUACCUAUACCAACAAAUAUUCCUGACCGAGUUAGUUCAAAUUCAGAAGCUCUUAUACCAUUAGCAAAUACAUCAAUUUUUAGUACACAUGCCCUAUAUGAUACUGAAUUUCAAUUCAGCCGUUUUGAUGUUUGGUUUCCUGAUACAUCCGGUGGACCACGGUGGUAUCAUUACAGUGAAAUACACGAUUUUGCAGUUGGUCUCAGUUAUCAAUUCAAUCAUACAACACGUCAAUGUAAUGUUCGUGAUAUUACAACAGGUUUUGGUUUUAGUGAUGGUGUGCCAGUGGAUGGACAACCAAAUCUACUACAAAUGGGUUCUACGCAACAUUUAUUUUUAAUGGACGAUGUCACAUAUCAAUAUACUGGUGAAAAACCCUGUCAUGAUCGUGUUUGGUGUCAUGUAUGGAUCGCUGAAAAAUAUAUGGCAAAUAAUACGGUUCAACAUCGAGAAUGGUAUUGGUCAUCAACUAUUAAUGGAGAACCUGUAACACGUUCGACUCCUAUGAAAAUGAUUUUGAAAGGCUAUAUGAAUUCUACCUUGGUGUAUGCAUUUGAAACAAAUGUUUUUAACUUUCGUCGUCGUCCAAUGACAAUAUUCGAAAUCGAUUUUGAAUUAGCUGAAUGUUAUAGAGCUUUAGGUCCAGCUCAAAAAUUCAAUCUUGCUGUUUUAUCAUUUAAAAUUGGAAAUGAAAAAAAAUAUCCAGUAUUACAAAAUUUAAAUUAUUUACGUCUCCAUAUAUUUGAAAUAUUAACCUUUACAAUGUUUGUACGGCCUAUUCGAAUUUCAAAUCUUAUUGUUGAUAAAACUGAUGAUGAUAUUUUAGUUACUUUUACAUUACUUGACGCACCACCACGUACUGGACCUGUAGAAAAUCCAUUAAAAGAAGAAGGAUUAGAUACAUUAAUUGAGCGUCUUGAUUCAGUUAUUAAUGCAGAUGGUCUUGUUUUUCGUGCUAGAUAUAAUACAACACAAGUUACUUUACGUGCACGUUCGAAUUCUCUCAAUGUUCAACAUAAAAGUAAAGCAAAAGAAACAAUUAAAACAUCAGGUCCAAAAAUUACUGGCCUUUGGAUUGGAUUUGUAGUUGCCGGAUUAGUUGUCGGAGCGAUUGGUGGAUUUUUACUAUUUGGAAAACUUGCCAAAUAA